AGAAAAAUAGCUAUUUUUUUACAUAAAUCGAAGAGUGGUAUAUGCAAUGAGGUCAAUUGGUUGUGGGCAACUCCCAAUGUCUCGGUUCUCUGUUCUACCAUGAACAUCCCACCACUAGUUGGCUCAAAGCCAUUUAGGGAGCACACGAAAGUGAUACAAUGGGCUGCAACUGAUGUUGCUGAACAAACAAUAAAGGAUGCAGCACAGAAAUCUACAACUCCAAGACUGAGGACGGUGAAGACAUUGUGGAAACUGCUGUUUCAUGCGAUGGAACAUGGCAAAGAAGGGGAUUUGCCUCGUCGUACGGAUGUGAAACCGUCAUUUCCAUGGAAAAUGGAAAAAUUUUGGACGUAG